AUGUUGCUGGUGCUCCUCCUUCUGCUGCUUCAGUGGCCACAGACAGACAGUGGGAUGCGCAAAGCCAAAUGCCUCCUGACUCUGGAGCAGGGUAAAGUGAACCCAAAUAAUCAUUACAAGCCAGGAGAUUAUUCCAUUAGUGGCAUAAUCUCUACCACAAAGGCUACGUUUCAUUCAUUAAGCUUCAGUGGAAGCCCUUCAAGAAAAUUCUCUUCACGUGGAAGAAAACGUUUUUGGAAAUUUCUGCCCUUCCUUUUUGCAACCGAGGACAUCAACCAGAAUGGCCAUCUCUUACCCAACAUCACCCUGGGUUAUAAUAUCUAUGAAAAUUUUUUCAAGGUAGAAAUGACGCCAAAUGCUUUGCUGGAUUUGCUUUCAGACGGAGAGGCCAAUGUUCCCAACUACAGGUGCGGAAGGCAAAGAAACACAGUGGUUGUGUUGGAAGAAGCUGAGACGGGCAUUUCCAUCCAGAUCUCAACCAUGUUGGGCACCUACAAAAUUCCACAGAUCAGCUACAGUUUUGCUUCUAAGAUCCUGAGAGAUAAAAUUCUGUUUCCUUUCUUCAAUCCAAUGCUACCUGCUGAAGGUGUCCAGUACCCAGGAAUGGUCAAGCUGCUCCUCCAUUUCAAGUGGACCUUGGUUGGUCUGAUUGCUCCAGAAACUGACCAGGGGGAGAGGUUCAUGAGGAUAAUGUCUUCUUUGAUGUUAAGGAAUGGCAUUUGUGCAGUUAUACAUAAAACCUUUCCAUUAAAUGUGCUUAAUAUAAUUUUUAUACUUGAAGAAUAUUUCAAGUGGAGACAUGUCAACGUCUUUGUUUAUGGUUCAGAGACUAGUUCAUUCCAUGUAGGAAUGAUGAUUGCACAAAAAGCAUUUCAAAGAAUUCAAGAACCUAUUGCAGGAAAAGUCUGGAUCACCGCAGCUCACUGGGAUCUGAGUCCUGAAUUGAUGUAUAAUAACUUCUCCUUAAAAUAUUUCAGUGCCAUUUUUUCCUUUCUGAUACGGAAAAGGAAAUGGGCAAAUUAUGAUGCUUUACAUCUCUUUCAUUCAUCUCUAAGUAACUUUAUGAAGAAGACCUUUACAUGUUCAUCCAUGAAGGAUGACAUUUCAGUGAACAUUUGGAGGCGAUGCAGACAGAGAGAAGACCUGAUGGCUCUGAGGAAAGAGGAGAUUGAUCGAGUCCUGGCUCUGGAUAGCUAUCUCAUUUACAACACCAUUUGGGCUGUGGGAAGGAUCUUAAAUUCAGCUUAUAUAUCCUUAUUCAAGAGAACAGUAAUGAACAGAGAUAUGAAGGUCAAAGUUCCAAAGCUAAAGGCUUGGCAGCUUCACUCCUUUCUUCAAAGCUCUCAGUUUCACAAUAAUUCCAUAGAAGGGGUAUAUUUGGAUGAGAAAGGAGAUCUUACAGCUGAUCUGGACAUUGUGAACUGGGUCAUUUUUCCCAAUACAUCUGUCAAGAGAGUGAAAUCUGGGAGAGUAGAAAAACAAACAUCUCAGAAUGUUAAAGUUAUCAUCGAGCAGAAGAGUAUCCCACAGGUGGAAAUGUUGAACAAGCCUUUGCCUCCUUCCAAAUGUGUGGAAAGUUGUUGUCCUGGAUUCAUGAAGGUAGUUCAAGAAGGGAAUCACAUCUGCUGCUAUGACUGUCAUCCUUGUGCAGAAGGAACCAUCUCCACCAUAGAAGAUGCUGAAAAAUGUACCAAAUGUCCAGCAGAACAGUAUCCAAACACCAAUCAAGAUGACUGUAUUCCUAAGACUGAAACUUUCCUAUCUUAUCAAGAAAAUCUGGGGAUCAUCCUGGCUUCCCUUGCCUUGUUCCUGUCUUUGGUAACAGGUUUUGUCUUUGGAAUUUUCAUUAAAUUCCAAGAAACUCCCAUAGUCAAAGCCAACAAUCGAGAUCUCUCCUACAUCCUCCUCAUCUCCCUCUUGCUCUCCUUCUUGACCUCAUUCCUUUUCAUUGGCCAGCCAAGGAGAGCUACUUGCCUUCUUCGACAAACAGCCUUCAGCAACAUCUUCUCAGUUGCCAUUUCUAUCAUCUUGGCCAAAACAGUCAUGGUGGUGCUAGCCUUCUUGGCCACAAAACCAGGGAAUAAAGUGCAGAGAUGGCUAGGGAAGAGCCUGGCUAAUUCUAUCAUAUUUUCGUGUUCUGGUGUCCAAAUUAUCCUCUGCAGCAUCUGGUUGGGCACUUCUUCCCCAUUCUUUGAGUCAGACAUGGACUCGGAACCUGCAGAGAUUGUCCUGCAAUGUAAUGAAGGCUCUGUUGCCAUGUUCUAUGGUGCCCUUGGCUACAUGGCCUUCCUUGCUCUGGUUUGCUUCACAGUGGCUUUCCUAGCCAGAAAUCUACCUGGGGCCUUCAAUGAAGCCAAACUCAUCACCUUCAGCAUGCUGGUCUUCUGCAAUGUCUGGGUAACCUUUGUACCCACCUACCUGAGCACCAAAGGGAAAUAUAUGGUGGCUGUGCAGGUUUUCUCCAUCUUGGCCUCGAGUGCUGGACUUCUGGGCUGCAUCUUCAUACCCAAGUGUUAUAUUAUUUUUUUAAGACCAGACCUGAAUACAAAACAAUAUUUGUUUUCAAAAUAA